AGAGAACUCCUAGUCAAGAAGAUUUGCUCAUUUCGAUGGCAGAAAAUAAUCAGAAACGUUCAACUGUUCAAACAGAUUUACUUGAAGCAUUCGCCCGCUACGAAGAAGAUGAAGGAGACGUUGAUACGGAAUAUGAUGCAGCUAUGUUUGAAGUUAUGGAUGAAUCUCUUAAUUCACUAACUCAAAUGUUUUCCCGCCAAAAAUCGAGACGUCUGUCUCUAGAUGAACAGAAUAGACGAAUUCGUGAUUUAAAUGGAUUGAUGAAAGAUUCCGCGUUUCAAAGCUCCAUGUCUUCAUACAACAAAGUCAUGGGAAACCUUCGUAACGCCUUUCAAAGAGUCUGGAAACAGGAAGAUGAGAUCGAUGCUGAAACUAAAAGACUUGCUGUAGAAAGAAGAUUACUGAUGCAAGAACAAUUGGUCCGCAAACAUGCUACGAAAUGGGUAAAUGCUGCCUCCGCCAAGGAACGCCAAAGACAGAUCCAGGAUUUCGAAGUAUCCAGAUAUAAAUCUGAUCCAUUCCGAGAUGCCGUUAAACUAGCAUUGGCUAAGGCUCAGAGAGAAAUGAUUCUACAAAAGUUCAACGGAAAAUGGGUUGAUACUCGAACUGCACCUGGUGAUGGGACACCAAAAGAGGAACUCUCAGAAUAUGAUAAAAAGAUGAAAGCUAUGAGGAUGAAAUCGCGUAGAAAAUCAUGUGUUGUCAGUAGGGAAGAGGAUGCUGACUAGGUGAUGUACAAACUUCUACUGCUGUUAUUGGUACCAAAAGUUCCUUUAUUGAACAGUUUACUUCAACGGUUUGAAAAUCCUCGAUUUACGUUGGAUAAGAUGGUGAAUGCCCUCACAAUAUUUUCUAUUAUUUGUUUUCUAUGAAGAUUUCUUUUCCUUGAAUUGAUUUGUUUUAUGACAAAUAUUGUUAUCACCCUGUCCGUCUAUAAUUUCUUGUUGAUACUCCGGAGACUACAGUUCUGAAACCAGCUAUAGUGAUUUUCUAAAACUACCCCGAAAUUGAUUAGUGAUUACGAAAGUCCUAUCAGUUAUCAUUGGAUAUGGAUGAAAUAGGUUGUUCUGGUUGGUAAAAGAACCCCGUAGAUUUUCGACAACAAAUCUCGGAAUUAAUUUCCUUGGUUACAUGUUAAUCUGGAGUUUAUAUGUUGAUCAGCAGCACCCUUUUGAUCUUGUUGUAAAUUGUUCAUAAGAAUGAAACCUUAUUGAUUACGUCGUAUUUUAGUUUUAAUAUUUCUGAAAUUUACUCAAUUUAUUAAUGCAUUAAAGAUUGUUACUACUGCUGUACAAAACAAUA